UUUUUAAGUAAUCCACUUGAAAACAGUCACUUAUAAAUCAUAAACACAAAGAUCUUCAAUUGUGUUAGUCCGGCAUUCACCUAUUUUGUUGCUUUUUAUUACUGAAGUUAAAACGUUACUUCAUCUGCGCUCACACCAGACUACCGGAAUAAAAUAAACGGAGAUUUAAUAGUUUAUCCAACGAGAUUAAAAAAAAAAAAAACUCGCGCAGAAUAAGAGCAAGUCACAUACUGUACUUCUAAAUUGUGACUACAGUCAUACACAACCCAAACGUAGCAUCAGCUUUUCCGCUGCGGCGAGCACGUCUUGAACGCAUCACUCGUGUCCACUUCAGGGACCGCCCCUUCCCCCGGACACGUCAGCAGUCACGUAGCCCACCGCUGGUAGCUGUUCUAUCGCGGCGUUGAGUGACGGACACCCUGCUCGGCCAGUGCUCAUCACAAUGGUUGAACUUUAGCUCAAUUGCAAUCCCCCGCCCACCGCUCAACUCCCACCGCGGGCGUCUGGCGGUUUUCCCGGCUAGAAAAGUGUGAUCGUUGGGGCGGAGUGGUCGACAAACCGUUGACGACUUCACACCACGUUGAGUCAAAUGAAGAUUGUGAAGCGCUCAAGAUUGGUGGUGAGUUUGCGACUCCGCAUUUCACGCGGUUAAUGAAAGUUUGGAACAACUUGAAGGUUAACUUCGGAGUCGACGGGUGUGCUCCAGGUGUGAGUCGCGGACGGGGUACCAUGGCUGGCGACGCGCUGGUGCGCACGGGUUUGGCCUGGAUCAUCCAGGUGGCGGGCCGGGCUACGGCGGGAUGCUUGGCCGGCGGAGGGAGCUUCCAUCCCGGAUCUCUGCGGGACACGUUGACCAAGCGGCAGGAAUUCCGUGGCUAUUCCUCCCUCGCCGGUGGGCCGAAUAAUCAAGGCAAGGCACGUAGAAGCGGUACCAAGCGGGCCAGGUUGCCCUUGGGGUGCCCCCCGUGCAAGAUGCUGACUCAGGACAACUCUUCUGUUGGGAGGAUGACAGAGGCGGACAUGGACAAAGCGAGGGCUGCCAAGAGUGCUCACCUUAAUCCCUACAAGCAAGUGCUCUGCAAGAACGCGCGAGAGAGGAAAGUGCCCGUGACUCGGAUUGGACGCCUGAUGAGUUUUGGAAGCCUGGCUGUGGGACUUGGCAUCGGCGCAAUUGCUGAGGUGGCCAAGAAAACGUUUCAACCUCGACAACAAGGCAAUAAAAAGUCUGUCCUAGACUCCAACGCUUUCCUUUCCGAAGCCAACGCUGAGCGGAUCGUGCGGACGCUGUGCAAAGUUCGGGGCGCUGCACUCAAAUUAGGACAGAUGCUCAGUAUCCAAGACGACGCCUUCAUCAACCCUCAGCUGGCCAAAAUCUUUGAACGGGUUCGACAGAGCGCCGACUUCAUGCCUACCAAACAGAUGAUGAAGGUGAUCAGCAGCGACCUGGGGGCAGACUGGCGGCAGAGGUUGGAAUACUUUGAGGAGAAGCCGUUUGCCGCCGCCUCCAUCGGUCAAGUGCAUCUGGCCAGGCUAAAAGACGGCAGAGACGUCGCCAUGAAGGUUCAGUAUCCCGGCGUGUCCAAGAGUAUCGACAGUGACGUGAACAACAUCAUGACGGCUUUAAGUUUAAGCAACGCGCUGCCUGAAGGUCUGUUCCCCGAGCACCUGAUCCAGGUUAUGAGCCGAGAGCUGGCGCAGGAAUGCGAUUACGUCAAAGAGGCCAAAUGUUGCACCAAGUUCCAAGAGUUGCUGAAGGAGCACCCGUUCUUCUACGUGCCCGAUGUCAUCGCCGAGCUAAGUGGGCGCUGUGUGCUCACCACCACGCUGGUGAGCGGCUUCCCCCUCGACCGCGCCACCGACCUCCCCCAGGAAAUCAGGAACGAGAUCUGUGAACAAAUCCUCAUUUUGUGCCUGAGGGAACUUUUUGAGUUCCGCUUCAUGCAGACUGAUCCCAACUGGUCCAACUUCUUCUAUGACCCACAAACGCAUAAGGUGGCGCUGUUGGACUUCGGAGCCACUCGGGAAUUUGACCGCAGUUUCACAGACAUCUACAUUGAGGUUAUCAACGCAGCUGCACAUCAAAAUCGAGAGGAGGUCCUGCAGCGCUCCAGAGACAUGAAGUUCCUCACCGGAUUUGAAUCCAAGGCGAUGGAAAACGCCCACGUGGACGCCGUGAUGAUCCUGGGUGAGGCCUUCUCGUCGACGCGGCCGUUCGACUUCGGCACUCAGAGCACUACGGAGCGGAUCCACCGCCUCAUCCCGGUGAUGCUUCGCGAACGCCUCACGCCGCCGCCUGAGGAGACUUACUCGCUGCAUCGCAAGAUGGGCGGCUCCUUCCUGGUCUGCUCCAAGCUCAAGGCCCAGGUGGCGUGCGGGGACAUGUUUCGAGAGGCCUACGCGCGCUACUGGCGGGACGGCCGGCCAAACUGAGGUCAAUUUUUUGGGGGCACAUCCUCUAUUUUGAGACGCACAAUUGAUCGUCGUCAAGUGGCAGAGAAAAAAAACGUGGCUUUGAUUUUUUCGCAUAUUUACGGCCUAUUUUAAUGAUUGUGUGAAAGGUGUCCCACUGUAUUAAUAAAACGUUUGAACGAUUCCUUUUGAUAAGUAAAAUAAGUGCAGCAAAAAAGUACGGGAAGAACAGAAAUUGUUUUGUCCUGCAUUUUAAUCUGAAAAAUGUUUUGUGUAUUUUAACCCCCCAAAUUGACAAAGAUUUGUUUUUCAGAUGUAUUA